AAUUUCUAGAUUCAGGAUACCUAGAUUUUCUACAGCUUCAGCAGACGGUUCUUUGGUCGGAAAAGCGCUCUCAUUUCUGUACUUCUACUUCUACACCCACACUCACUUAAAACCACGAUCAUUACGGAGAAAAGAAGAAUAAAAAAAUGCCUCUCGCAAUCAAAUCCCUCGCCAGCAAGUUCGGCAAAGGCGCCGCCACCAAGCAGAUCUACAUCUACGAGACCUGGGCGCGCUGGGCGGCCCGCGGCGUGCAGUUCAUCCUCGCCCUCAUCGUCGUCGGCCUGUACGGGCACCGCGUGGACGUGGACCGGCGAGCCGGCAACGCGCAGGCCGCCGGGUGGGUGUACGCGCUGUUCGUCGCCGGCGUCUCCUGCGUCACCUGCCUCGUGUACGCGAUCCCGAACCCGUUCAGCCGCGCGCAGCCCCACCGCCUCUUCGCCUGGGACCUGGUCCUGUUCGUGCUGUGGAUCGCGCUGUUCGGCACCUUCGCCGCCAUCUUCCUCAAGCGCCACGGCGGCGACUACGAGGGCACGAGCGUCGCGUUGAUGAAGUGCGCUGUGUGGAUCGAUCUCGUCAAUGCGCUGCUGUGGUUGUGCACGGGCGUGUAUGGCUGCUUCCGCACUUUCGUCGGUCGUAAGGUCAACGGCAAGAUCGACCACUACCAGAACAAGGUCGAGGACGGGUUCAAUGCUAAGGUGGACCAAUAUGCCGGCCCGGCUGUUAGCAACUUCAGUAUGAAGCUUAAUCCCUUACGAGGCAAGGAAACAGUAUAAAAUGGGACUAGAACUAAGGAGCAGAGGUUCAUGAUUGGGCAACGAUAUGAUUAUCUUGGGGGACAGUUCGGUUCUUUGGGGGUCAUGGAUACGAGCAUUACAUACGGUACACAGCAUUGCGGUCGGUUGCAUAUACAUAGACGUUUGCCAGGCGAAUCUUUUACUCUAAAGCGUUGCCUUGG